GGAGUGUGGGCGGGGCGGAGCUCUCACCACAGUCCCCGGCUGCACUGUGGCCUGGUAUGCGGCAUGGCUGCUCGGUGGAGCUGGAUGUGGCGCCUUCCUCGCUGCCCUCUCCUCGGCAGGAAUCUUCCCGGGACUGGAAGACUGGGUGUAGAACGAAGACUUUCUUCCAAGUCGCAGACACCCCAGAUCUGCAUAGUUGGCAGCGGCCCAGCCGGAUUUUACACCGCGCAGCACCUGUUGAAGCACCACACACAAGCCGUAGUUGAUAUUUAUGAGAAGCUGCCUGUACCAUUUGGCCUGGUCCGAUUUGGCGUGGCACCAGAUCAUCCUGAAGUCAAAAAUGUUAUUAACACUUUUACACAAACUGCCAACUCUGAGCGCUGCAACUUUUUAGGAAAUGUGACAGUCGGAAGAGAUGUAACCGUCGAGGAGCUGCAGGAAGCCUAUCAUGCUGUAGUGCUGAGCUAUGGAGCAGAAGAUAAGAGGGAGCUGGAGAUCCCCGGAGAGCAGCUUCAAGGGGUAUAUUCAGCCAGAGACUUUGUCGGCUGGUACAAUGGACUUCCAGACAAUAGACAUUUGUCCCCAGAUCUGAGCAGCGAGACGGCUGUCAUCUUAGGACAAGGAAAUGUUGCACUGGACAUUGCAAGAAUGCUGCUUUCCCCUCUUGAACUGUUAAAGAAAACCGACAUCGCACAACCUGCUCUUGAAGCCUUAUCCCAAAGUCGCGUCAAGAAAGUCUGGCUGAUUGGACGUCGUGGACCUCUGCAGGUGGCAUUCACCAUAAAGGAAUUACGAGAGAUGAUUAACCUGCCAGGAACUCGUACGAUCAAUGACCCUUCUGAUUUCCAAGGCCUUGGGGACAUUUUAAAAGACCUCCCUAGGCCAAGGAAACGACUUACAGAACUGCUGGUAAAGUCAGCACUGGAGACGCCUGGAGAUAAAGAGGCCGCUCGUAGGGCUCAGUGUAGCAGAGAAUGGGGUCUGCGUUUCUUCCGCAGCCCGGUCGCCGUGCUUCCCAGUGAAGAUGGAAAAAGAGCCGCAGGGAUCCGGCUAUCGGUCACUCGACUUGAGGGAUCUGGGGAGAGUACAGUGGCUGUUCCUACAGGAGAAACAGAAGAUGUAUCUUGUGGCCUUAUUUUCAGCAGCAUUGGGUAUAGAAGUGUCCCUAUCUCUCCAGGUGUGCCUUUCCUUCCCAAGCAGGGCAUCAUUCCAAAUAAUUUGGGAAGGGUGCACGGGGAGCCAGCAGGACUGUACUGCAGCGGCUGGGUGAAAAGGGGUCCCACAGGUGUCAUCACAACUACAAUGACAGACAGUUUUGACACAGCACAGGCUUUGAUGGAGGACAUGAAGUCGGGGGCAUUGAAGUUGUCAGAUUCUCGAGCAGGAGCCUCAGCAGUUCGAGAGCUUCUUCUUCUCAGAGGAGUUCAAACUGUCUCCUUCUCAGACUGGGAAAAGAUAGAUGCGAUGGAGACAGAUCAAGGUGAGAAGGUGGGAAAACCUCGAGAAAAGAUUUUAGACACAGAAGAGAUGCUGCGGUUGGUUUCUCGAUGAUGAAUUUUCGUGCAUUAGACUUCACAGUCUCGGACUUGCAGAAAAGGAGAUCAGUGACGUAUACAUACAAUUACCUCACAUCCCCUAUAUUUUUGUAAAUAGUUUUUUUAGUUAUUAAAUGUAUAUUAAAAUAUUUUAUUAUACUGCUAUUUAA